AUGUCAUCCGGCCGGGCCGUCCACGUGAUCCCCGCCUCGAGCGCGACCGCGGCCCUCCCGCCGCACGCGCGCACCGCAGGGCUCCUGCCGCUGCCCGGCUGGCGCUGCCCCCUGGGCGGGCCCCACGGCGCGAUCGUGGACCUGUACCUCCUUUACGAGGCCGUGGUCGCGCAUGGCGGCGUCGACAGCAGCAGCGCCGACGCGGUCUGGUGGGAGCUGUCCCGCGCGGCCACGACCGCUGGCAGCGGCGCCGCGCCGCCGCCGGAAGACGCGCUGCUCGCGCCGCCGGAGAUGCGGCAGGUGUACCAGGCGCGGAUCAGGGGCUUCCUGGACUUCAUGGCAGACCUGGUGAGGCACUAUGAGGAGGAGCAGGAGCGAGAGAAGCUGGAGCAGCAGCAGCAACAGCAGCAGCAGCAGCAGCAGCAGCAGCAGCAGCAGCACCGCGCCCGCCAGGCGGCCGCGGCCGCACCGCAGGCGACGCUCGCGCAGCAACAGCGGCAGCAGCAGCUGCUGCUGAUGCAGCAGCAGCAGGAGCUGAUGAGUAUGCUGGCGCGCGGCCAGCAGCCGGCACACGCAUCGGCGCAGUAUCAAUCGUUGAGGGCGCUGCAGCAGCACUUGCUUAUGCAGCAGCACAGGCAGAUGCCGGUGCAGUGGCAUGGAUCACUGCCGCAGCAGCAGCAGCAGCGGCCACAGCAGCAGCGGCAGCAGCAGCAGCAGCAGCAGCAGCAGCAGCAGCAGCAGCAGCAGCAGCAGCAGCAGGCGCUUCACAGGCAGCGGCCGCAGCCGGCGGCCCCCCACGUUCAGCUGCACCGCAAGCCGCACCAGCAGCAGCACACUUAUGCACAGCGGCCACACAGCUCCGGAGGCGGCGCCGGCGGCGGCAGCCGGUCGAGCCCGCCGAAGCGCACGGCAUCCAGCGCGCAGCUCGCCGCCGCGGCGCCGCUCGCCAAGCGCCGCGCGCAGCCGCCCCACUCCGCGCGCCUCGCGGAGCAGGCGCGCUCGCACCGCUCGACGCCGCAGCGGACGCCGCCGCCCGAUGUGCCGGACCCGGUGCCCGGGGACCGCCUGCGCAGCAUGGUCGCCUGGCUGCGCGGCGCGUCGCUGGGGCUGGCCGAGGAGCCUUAUGAGCCGGUGACGUCAGCAGAGGGCGCGCUGGCGACGCGGUACAAAGAAGGGUUUGCGCGUGCGACGGCGGCGACGUGCGUGGCGGUGCCGCUGGAGCUGUACCCGCUGUUCGGCGCCAGGGCGCCGCCGCCGCAGCGGCGCGCGCGCAGCGAGCGCAGCACGCGGCCGCGGGUGGUGCAGUCUGACACGCCGUCCGAGUGA